AUGGCUGAUCUGGGUUUGCGUCAGAAGACCCGCAUCCGGCUACCAGAGUUCAUGGAUUUAUGUCAUGGACCAUCAUACCUGCCGCGGUUCCGUGUAGAUCGCCUACCUAACAUGUUUACCUGUGCGGUACCAUUUCGCGCAUUACCACCACCCGAUAGUGACGCCGGUCCGAGCAACCACGAUUUUCAAAACAUUGUCACUUUGUUCAAAAGGAAACAUGCUCCAACCGAUACCAUACCCGAAGCGCUUCCGCCCACCGGCCUCAUCACAAUGCCCGAAGCACUAGGCCUCCCCAUACGUCCACCCCUCCAAGCCCUCGCUGGCCCCGACCCUGUUGGAAUUUCGUUUGACAAAGUGGCCAACGAAAAAACGGUCAACGAAAAAACGGUCAACGACAAGGACAUUAAAGGCAAGGACAUUAAAGGCAGGGACAUUAAAGGCAAGGACAUUAAAGGCAAGGACAUUAAAGGCAGAAACGCGACUGGAGCGGACGACAAAGCCGUCAAGGACAAAGCGAAAAAGGAAAAGAAAGCGAAGGGGGGCAAGAAGUAG